UGUACGUCAGCGCAAGACCACCAGCUGUCACCUGUCACCAUUCGAGCAAGAACAAGAACAGCAACAAGAAAACAACGCACUGUCAGCUAGCCGGGCAGGUAAAAGUAGCGAAAGAAAAGAGAGAAAAACGCAUUCCCGUACGCCCAGAGCGCCAGCCAAGCCCGUCUCGUCCGGUUUUUUUCUACGUUCGUCCGUAUCGUUUCCUCCCCCACCCGCCCGGUACACCGGUAAACGAUGGCCAUAAACCCCCAGUACGAGGAGAUUGGCAAGGGGUUCGUGACGCAGUACUACGCGCUGUUCGACGACUCGACCCAGCGGCCCAGCCUGGUGAACCUGUACAACGCGGAGCUCUCCUUCAUGACGUUCGAGGGGCAACAGAUACAGGGCGCCGCCAAGAUACUGGAGAAGCUGCAGAGUCUCACGUUUCAGAACAUCAAGCGCGUGCUGACGGCCGUCGACUCCCAGCCAAUGUUUGACGGUGGCGUGCUGAUCAACGUGCUCGGCCGGUUGCAGUGUGACGAGGAUCCGCCGCACGCCUACUCCCAGACGUUCGUGCUGAAGCCGCUCGGGGGGACGUUUUUCUGUGCGCACGACAUUUUCCGGCUCAACAUUCACAACUCGGCAUGAAGCGUUAACGAAAGGGAAGCGAAGGAGAUGCUGAUCGGUUCGAACAACACCAAAUGUUGCUGUACACUUUACUGAAUAAACAUAUGGGUUACUUUACAACACACACGUAAAAAAG